AGGGAAGGCGGGAGCGGCUCUGCGCAGCUGCGGCCCGGGGGCGGCGGCGGGAAUGGCGUCCGUGGUGCUGAGCGAGGCCGAGAAGCUCUACAUUGUGCACGGCGUGCAGGAGGACCUGCGUGUGGAUGGUCGCGGCUGUGAAGACUACAGAUGUGCAGAAGUAGAAACAGAUGUUGUAUCAAACACAAGCGGGUCUGCAAGAGUGAAGCUGGGAGACACUGAUGUCUUGGUAGGCAUAAAAGCUGAAAUGGGGACACCAAAGUUAGAGAAACCAGAUGAAGGUUACCUGGAAUUCUUUGUUGACUGUUCUUCAAACGCUUCUCCUGAAUUGGAAGGCCGGGGAGGAGAAGAACUUGGCACAGAUAUAGCAAAUACACUGUACAGAGUAUUUAGCUGCGAGAACAGUGUAGACUUGAAAUCCCUUUGCAUUAAUCCCAGAGAGCACUGCUGGGUUCUCUAUGUUGAUGUAUUGUUAUUGGAAUGUGGUGGGAACAUCUUUGAUGCAAUCUCUAUCGCAGUGAAGGCAGCUCUCUUUAACACAAGAAUACCCAAAGUGCGUGUUCUGGAGGAUGAAGAAGGCACCAAAGAGAUUGAGCUGUCGGAUGACCCUUACGAUUGUAUUCGACUUAAUGUAGAGGAGGUGCCCUGUAUUGUCACGCUGAGCAAAAUUGGAUAUAGGCACGUGGUGGAUGCUACCCUUCAGGAAGAAGCCUGUUCUUUGGCAAGCCUGCUUAUUUCUGUGACCAGUAAAGGCGCCCUCACUUCUAUGAAGAAAGUGGGGAAAGGUAGCCUGGAUCCCGAGAGUAUUUUUGAAAUGAUGGAGACAGGACAACGAGUAGGCAAGUCACUGCACAUAGCCCUUCAGAAGAUUUUGGACGAAGAAGAGAGUUUGGGGACAUCACGGCCAAAAGUUGGAUUUCUAGGAUGAGAUUUUAUUAAAUGUUCGAAACUGUUUUUAAUUAA